UUGGAAAAAUGAGGCUCUGGCCCCUCUAUCAGAGGGAAAUCAGUUUCUAUCCGAAGGAAUUCCUUCAAAACAGUCACAGUCUGACGGAGAAUCUCACAGGUCUAAUAUGGAGAAAGAGGACCCUCGCUCUUCGCCCAGUCCGCCCUCGACGCCGUCCGUCUGCUCGCCCAUCUCCAGCGCCUCCUCCGUGCCGUCCACCGGGAAGAACGUGUGCGCGAGCUGCGGCCUCGAGAUCCUGGACAGAUAUCUGCUCAAGGUUAAUAAUCUGAUCUGGCACGUGAGGUGUCUGGAGUGUUCGGUUUGCAGGACGUCACUACGUCAACACAGCAGCUGCUACAUCAAAAAUAAGGAAAUCUUCUGCAAAGUGGAUUAUUUCAGUAGGUUUGGUACAAAGUGUGCCCGCUGUGGCCGGCAGAUCUACGCCAGUGACUGGGUACGGCGAGCCAGAGGCAAUGCCUACCAUCUGGCCUGCUUCGCCUGUUAG